ACACGAAUGAAAGUUUAAGAGGUUAUCUGAGAAGAAAAGUAAAUUUUGUUGACAAGAAGUGAAAGACAAAAUGUAUCUAAAAUGCGUUAAACGUAUUUAUAUUUAACACGAAUAACUCUUCUGAUAAAUUGUAAAUACGUAUUAAUAAAUGUCGAGUAUAGAAAAAAACGUCUGUUCAAUAAGUUAAAGUAAUGGUUAACUAAAAAAAAUGAUUGAUGAAACAAACAUUCCUUGAAAAGACAAUGUACCUUCCAUUAUCAGGAAGGUAAUGUAUUAGUUUUAGUAUCUAAAUGAACACAUGUUGUCUUAAUAACUGUACUUUAAGUAUAUUUGUUUAUAAACAUGGCGCAAAUACAAACUUCUGCCAUCGAUGGAUUGCCAAAACAUUUUGUCAGUGCCAUGCGUACACUUUUUGACAUAAUGGAUGAUCAAAAUACUGGCUUUGUCAAGUUCUCGGAUAUUGAAGGCAGAUGGCAAGAUGAUGGAACACAGGGCCUUCCGAAAGGUGUUUUAGAUAGCCUCAAGAAAGUUACACCAUCUAAUGGUUUACUAUCCUUUGAAAGGUUUUGCACAGGGCUUAAAAUAUGUUUACUGCAAAUUCAAGCAGACUCUGAUUCUAAGAAACAUGAUGGUCAACCAAAUAGACCACCAUCUGCUCCAAUUCUUAUACCUGAUAGUCAAAACAAGACAACAUGGACAUCCCCAAACACUGCGACUAUUAGACCAAAUAAUGCUAUAUCUCAGCAACGUACUUUAAGUAUGCCACAGUUAUUAGCAGGUCGAAAAGAAACUAAUCAUGGACAAUUAGAACUAAUUGAUAGUAGAAAUGGAACAGAAGCUAAACUAAGUAAAGCGUACGGACCUCCAAAACCUCCAAGAACAGGUGCUGCCUUAGAAGCUAGGACUACUAAUUCUGAUAGAAAUUUUGAUAAAUCUGAGAUUCGAACUGUAUUGCAAAACUGGCAAAUGGGUUUGUUAAUGAAUGAUGAUAAGGCUAUAGAAAAACGGCAAUUACCAGCAGUAAACUAUAGAACAGAUGCUAGAACACUGUUAAGACCAACCCGAAUAUUGGGAGAUGGUAAAGCAGUUGAGCUACAAAAUAAUCAAGUUAGUCUGCAACCUAAAAAACCGUUGAAUCGUCGCAGAGAACCUAGACGCCAUACGUUGCAGAAUGGUAUUGAUUACAAUAUGAUGAAAAGAAUGAAGCAAAUUGAACAGGAGAAAGAUGUACUGCUACAAGGUUUGGCUGCAGUAGAUAAAGCUAGAGAAUGGUAUUUAAAACAAAUCUCUGCUACUCAAGAAAAAAUUAAACAUCUUGGUCGUAUGGGAUCUCAUGUGGAGCAGUGGACAGAAGCACAGCAAGAACGUUUAGAAUUACAACGAGCACGGGUAUUGGAAGUUAAUAGACAUUUAGCUGCAUUAAUAAGCAGUUGGGAACGUGGUGGACUUCCCCUUCAUAUGAAUCUUGCCUUCCUUAGUGCUCCAACAUCAACGCAACUUCAGCAGGAUAUGUUAUCUAGGCUGAAACAGCAAAAUCAUAGACUUACAGAGGAAGUCAGUAAAAAAAGUCAACGAAUAACAAUACUUGAACAAGAAAAAGACAAUUUGGUCAGAGAAUUGUAUAACAGACAAAGCGGUAUGGUUCAGUCUCGAAGAGCAACGAUGAUUCAUGAACAACAUGAUCAAACAUUCAUAAUAUAAAAAUAACCAACUAUCAUGAAGAGGAUACGUAAUGACGUAUUACGAAGAUACCAAUUUUUAUGCAAAGCAUAGGUAUUAAAAAUACUAAUUAAAACAAUUGUUACAUUUGGAUUUCAGGUUAUGUUUAUAAAGUAUUUGUCAAAUACUUAAUUCCUAGGUCCAUGGUUAAAUAUUCUAGCAUUGCUAGUACUUGAAUUUAGUUACAUAAUGUAAACAAAGUGCCUUAAAAGUUUUAUAAUCCGUCCACGAAUCAAAAGACUAUGUUUUUUUCAAUAAAUUAUUAUUCUAACUAAUAAACCGCCUUGACCCAAUUUUUAAUUUCACGAUAUCAUAAUCU